GGCUGUCCCGUUGCCUUUUGAAGCCUGUGUAACUCUAGAGCUGCACUCAGAGGUCCCUUCCAACCACGGUGAUUCUGUGAUUUUCAACCCUGGCAGCUGCCAGAUUCUCCUGCCUCCCCCUUCCCCUGUGGGCAGGGGGAGGACUGACCCUAGAUUUUGGGGGUUUCCCCCCAUUUCCCCCACAUGCUCUUCUUCCAGGCACUUCUAGAGGACAGGAGAGCUGUGCUGCCCUGAAGCGCGGUGACAGCCACGAUUGGUGCUGCAAGAUGAUGGUGGAGUCGGAAGAGCGAGGCAAUGGGAUCCACAGCCUCGACUUGCCCCGGCGCUGCCCGGAGCUGGGGAAAUCCAGCAGCCCCUCUUGUGCCUGCCUGCGGGAACGCUGGCUCAGGCUGCUGCAGUCAGCGGGGCCAGCGCUGCAUGACAGGCUGGCUGGGCUGAAGGUGCUUCUCCUGAACAUCAGCAGGGCUGUCACCCGUGAUGUCCUCAUCACCUUCUCCCCUACAGAGGGCCCUACCAUGCUGAACACAACGGAGAACAGGAACGCAGGCAAAAUCCAGCUCCCCAGGGAGUUAUUCCGGUCCCUCAGCAGCCAGACAGUGCGUGUGGUGGUGACAGUCCUCAACAUCCAGCAGAUUGGCAUGUUUGAGGAGGUCAACCAGACGGGGCAGGUCAUGGACAACACUGUGGUGGGCAUCACGGUGGGAAAGACAAGCAUCUCCGGGCUGCAGGAUCCUGUGCAGCUCACCUUCGCCCACAGGCAGCUGCCCCGUGCUGUCACCCAGCAAUGUGUCUUCUGGGAUCUCAGCAAAGGGCACACAGGAGGCUGGAACAGCAGCGGAUGUGUGACACAGCCUGGGGAUAAGGAGACAGUCUGCUCCUGCAACCAUCUCACCUUCUUCACCCUCCUCCUGAACCCAGCUCUGGACAGAUCCACAGCGCAAGCCCUGAUGGCUGUUGCCACUGCUGGCUGUGGGGUAGCCGUGGCUUUCUCCAUCUUCACCAUUGCCUUCUGCAUCUUCUUAAGGUGCAGGUUCAGGUUCGAGGAGACCCUCUGCAUCAACCUGGGGCUACACAUGAACCUCGUUGGCAGCCUGGUCCUCCUCAACCUGGCCUUCCUGCUCAACAGUGGGCUCUCCAGUGGGACCCAGCCAUGGGCCUGCAGGGUCCUGGGGGGGCUCACCCACUACUGCCUGCUCUGCUGCUUCACCUGGACAGCACUGGAGGGCUUUCACUUCUACCUCCUCUUCAUCAAGGUCCUCGGCACCUACAUUCACCAUUACCUGGUGAAGCUGUGCCUGGUUGGCUGGGGCUUCCCUGUUCUUGUCGUGUUAGUGGCAGGAGUCAUCGGCAGCUACGGAGAAUACCGCAUCCAGACCAUGGACGACCAGGUCAUAGCCCACCUGUGCUGGAUCACUUCCAAACGUCUCCUGGUGCACUACAUCACCAACUGUGGCUACUUUGGCCUCAUCUUCCUCUUCAACAUGGCUGUCUUCGGGGUGGUGACCCAGAAGAGCUGCUGCCUGCGGGCCACGGGGGCUGUGCAGGGGGACCGUAAAGCCUGGAAGGUGGCCUUGGUGGCAGUGGGGCUCUUCUGCCUGCUGGGAGCCACCUGGGCCCCAGUGUUCCUCACCUACAGUACCUCCUCUGCGCCCAUGCUCUACCUGUUCACCAUCCUCAACUCUCUCCAAGGAGUCUUCAUAUUCAUCUGGCUGGUUGUCCUCUACUACCCAAAGACAAAGGAGACCACUGGCUCGCUCUCCCACAUCAUCAGACAUGACAAAACCACCGCAGCCUCCCAGGACUAGCUGCUGGCUAGACCUCCCUCCCUGCCUGUGUGUGCAGCUGCUGAGAGCAAGCUUCAAUCCUGAUGGAUGCAGCUUUCCAUGGAGGACAAGAGCUUAGUUUAUCCUUCAGUGGGCAUGAUCCACCCUAGCAGGGCUCUUUGCUUUGUCUCUCUCAUUCCCUGUGGUCUACCUUGGGCUGCAGAGAUGUCCCUUCUGCCAAAGUCCCUUCUGCUGCAGCUCCCCCAUGGUCUCGAUGUGCCCCUGAGCUUGUUCCUGAGAGGAUCUCACGGGCGAGGAGGGAGUGCACAACCCACCUGCCUUCAGCCAGGACGGAGCCAGCCCCUUCUUUGCUAGAGGUGGCACCUGGUGCCCACAGCCCAGCAGUGGGUUUUCCUGCUGUUGGACGUGGGAGGAUUGACCCAGGAGGCUCAAGUCUGGGAAUUAGCAAAAAAAGAGAAAUCCCCACAAGCUUCUUUACGAUAUGUCCUCUCCAAAUGGACAAGAGCCUAGCCCUUCAGGCAGAGAUCUGCCCGAUGUCCCUCCUGCAAAACAUCCUCUUGUCUUUUCCUUAUCUGUUUUUUCACUAUUAAAUCUCUGCCAGCUGUCUGAA